AAACAUUCAUUCAUCAAUUAAAGUUUCUUUCUGAAUAACUAAGUAAUUCAUGUUAUAUAAGUGUUUAUAUUGUUAGUAUAGGAUAAAUAUGAUCAGAAUUAAAAAUACAGACUAUAGACUAUAGUAAUACAAAGUUUAUUCUAUUGGACAAAUGUAAACUAAUUCUCUAUAUUCAAAUACAUUUUUUUAUACAAAGAAAGGAUGCACAAGAUGAUAGAAAAUAUGUUGAUUGUUUUCAAUGUAACAAUGAGAAUUUUCAUUUUACAUUUAUGUUAUGUAGGUACUGAAAUAUGGAACGAGGAGCUACUUUUAAAAGAAAACUUCAUAAAUGGACCACCUAACCUAUGUCAAAAUGGUAGACAUCAAUCACCGAUUAAUAUUAUGACCAAAAAUCUUGUUUAUGAUCAUUCACUAUCCGCAAUGGAGAUAGAAGGAUUAGAAAAGCAACUUGAACUAAUCGUUGAAAAUUGUGGAUACGAUAUACGUAUAAGUUUAACUAAUGAAUUUGUACAAUUAAAUGGUGGUCCAUCCUCAUAUGCUUAUCGAAUUUCUUUUAUGCAAAUUAAAUUUGGAUCAGCAUCAACUCAAGGAUCAGAGCAUACAAUCGAUGGUAAAGCAUUUCCAGGUGAAUUGCAGAUUUAUUCAUUCAACAAUGAAUUAUACAAUAAUUUAUCUGAGGCAUUUUAUCGUCCGAAUGGUAUACUUGCUAUCAGUGUUUUCUUUAAAAUUGGAAAUGCAACGAAUAAGGACCUUUUAGGAGUUGUAGCUGCAGCCGAACAAACAAUAUUUAAAGGUGAAACAUUCCAGCUAAAAGGUCUUGAACUGCGCUCAUUACUAACAUCAACACAUGAGUUUAUGACAUAUGAAGGAUCAUUGCCAUUUCCUCCAUGCCAUGAAACAGUUACCUGGAUCAUAUUGAAUCAUCCUAUAAUGAUUACUGAAACUGAAUUAAAAACUCUUCGGAGAUUACGAGUUGCCGAUACAUUAUGGUCAGGAUCGAUGGCUGACAAUUUUCGACCAACUCAAGCUAUUAAUAACCGUUCAGUUCGGACGAAUAUCAAUUUUCGUAGUUCGAAUGAAGCGUGUGAUGUGCGUAAACAAGUUUCAUAUAUUGAUAUAUAGGUAGACCAAAACGCACUGUUCCAUAAACCUUAGCAUUUAACUCUUGAUCCUACGUUGUCUGAAGAAUGGUAGAUGAGCAAUUUGAGUCAUAAAACAUCCCAAAAUGAUAAUAAACUGUUUUUGAAGUUACUUCAACGGCACUAUAGCAAAUAAAUUGGCUGGCGAGUCAGAGUUCAGUUAGCACAGAGAUCUAAUGUUUUAAUUUCCAAUUAACUGAAUUUUCGCCAAAAGACCUGUGGAAUUGUCAUACUUUUUGCAUUCAUUACUUAUGUUUGUAUUUCUAGACAGUCUAGGACCUUAUCAUAUUUUAGAUCGUCCACUUUAACUGAAGUACUGUUACUGUUUUCCUGCAUUAUCGCUGACAAAUUAUCUAUCCAUACUGUUUUCAACACCAAUCUUAUGAUGUUUAUGAACUACAGUCAGGUAAACAUGAGACAGUGCUAGAUUAGUAUUUAUAAACAGGUAAAGAAUCUCUCUCAAAAUAUUCAUCUUAUUUUUUAACAUUUUUGUAUUCCACAUGUCUCUUGGAAAUCAAUAAAAGUAUGUAGGGACGAAAUGUAUUUGAAAAAUCGUUUGAUGUAUGGAAUACGCACAUUUUCUUAUCUAAUAGUUAUAAAACAAAUGUGUUUUGGCAUGAAAAACCAAGUUUUAUUCUACACAACUAGAAUACAUGAAUACAAG